AUGAUAUCAAGAAUCGGGAUUAGAAAUUUAAGAACUCAACAAUUAAACAGUUUUAAAACUGUCAGAUUCAACGCUAUUAGAACCAUUUCAACUGUUGAAUCAACUCAAGAAGAUGCUAAUCAAAUCUUAGUCAAUCAACGUAAAAAUAGACCAACCUCCCCUCAUUUGAAUAUCUAUCAACCACAAUUAACUUGGGUUUUAUCAGGUCUUCAUAGAGUUACUGGGGUUGUCAUGGCUUUUGGUUUCUACGGUUUAACUUGUACUUAUGCUGCCACUUCCCUUUUAGGUAUACCUUUAGAUUCUGCCAGUAUAAUUUCAGCUUUCGCUGGUUUACCAUUACUUGCCAAAGUUGGUGUUAAAGCUUCAAUGGCUUUCCCAUUUGUUUUCCAUGGAUUCAACGGUCUCAGACACAUUGUUUGGGAUUUCGGUUCUAAAUUAACUAUCCCAGGAGUUUAUCAAACUGGUUACAUUGUUUUAGGUUUAACUGGUUUAGUUGGUUCUUAUUUAACAUUUUUCUAA